UUACAUACGUUUUUCUAUUUCAAAAGUGUUAGAAUACCGAUAAAAAAGCAGUAAUAGUUGCUUUAGUAGCAAUUGCGUUUCUUAUCGAUAUAUGCCUUCGUAUGAUCUUUUAAAACAAUUUUCGGAUUCUUUAAGCACAAGGAAAAAACGAGAAAAUUCUUUUAAAAAAAUUUAGCAUGUUGGGAUUUACAAAAAUGUUUUUAACUACAAUUCAUUUUUGUUGCUGGUUGUCGCUGUUAUUGUUAUGUGCCGGAGAACAAAAAUAUCCUUAUGACGGUCCCGAAAAUGAAUUAACUAUUCAUGUUACUCCUGGAUCAACAGAAUGCUUUUAUCAAAAAGCAAAAUCGCAGCAAACAUUAGAGAUCGAAUAUCAGGUUAUUGAUGCUAAUUUUGGAGAUGUGAACAUUAACCAAGAAUUAGAUAUCAAUUUCCAAUUGUUUUCUCCUAAUGGAAAAGAAUUGAUAUCUGAUUUUAAACAGUCUGAUGCUAAUCACAGACAUGAAGUAAAGGAAGAUGGAGAUUUCAAAUUGUGUUUUGACAAUCGCCACAGUCAUUUUUCCACAAAAACUGUUUAUUUUGAAGUGUUUGUUGAUUCUGAUUCUGAUGAUUAUGAUGACAAAUGGGAUGAUUAUGAUUUCUCUCCAGAAUUACUUUACAAUGACACAAUGGACCAAAUCAAGAGUUCCAUUGCAAAAGUUCGUGAAGAUUUAAAUAAAAUCAAGCAUCAUCAAGAUCAGUUGAAGGCAAUUGAAUCUCGAGAUCGUAAUCUCCAAGAGCACAACUUCACUAGUGUAAAUAGAUUCUCAAUAUUAAUCAUUGUUGUUAUGAUAGUUGUUGGAGCUAUACAGAUCAUCAUGAUUCGAAGCUUGUUUGAAGAGCACAGUAAACUACACAAAGUAUUUAAAUUGCUGUCUUGAUAAAAUUUAAAAAGAAACUAGUUUUAAAUUCAAUUUUUACAAUUCAUGUCAGAUUUCUCAAAGUUUUUUAUAAUUAUUUAUAGAAGAGAGUGAACUUGUGACUUGCUGAUUAUAUAGUUUAAAUGGUAUUCUCACUGGAAUUUUCAUGCAACGUUAUGUUUGUGUGUAUUUGUUAAACCAAUAUUAUAUAACAUUUUAUGGUUUUGUGGUAAAAUGUGUUUUCUUUUCUCAAUAUCUGGAUUAUUUAUAAUGAAAUUGUUUUGUCUGGGUUUGCUGUUACAAAUUUCUGCAAAUAAUCUUAGAUGUACUUUGUAACAAACUGUUUUCAGGAAAUAUGUAUGAUAUUUGAAGGUUGACUGUGUUUGUACAUUAAUACUAGAGGCAUUAAAAUCCGAUUUUUAUGUAGGAAGCUUUAUUUAAUAUUAUAAUUAAUCUCUUGAAAUAAUUUUGUGAUUUGAGCUAUAUUUUUUUAUCUGUAAAUAAUAGAAUCAGAUACCGAAAGGAAUUUUAGAAGACAUUUUUCAGAUCUGAAAGUUCGUUUAAAAAAAAAAGAAUCUUAUAAGAAAUUAUCCAAAUAUUUUUCAGUAUCUAACUUUUUUCAUAUUCAUCUUACUUUGUAAACUUUAACAAAAUAAUUUUUUUCAAUACUCUACAAUCAUUGUUGUAUUGUUAUUUGUAUUGAAUAUGGCAUGCUCCAAUAUUUAUUUUCCUGUGUGAAAAUCAAAAAUAUUUAAUUUGAUUGAUUGAUUUUAAAUAUUUAAUCAAUUUUUAUGUGUACUUAGUCAUUUUUUUUGUUGUUAAAUAGUUUGCCUUCUAUAUAUUCUUUCUGAUAAUAAGUAAAUAUAAUGAUGCAUAUUAAACCAAAGAAAAAAAAUUCUUACUUACUCCAAAACCAGGUAACCAAAAACAAUAUUUGAGAAAAUUGACUGUAAUUGCAUUUAAAACAAGUUUUAAAAUGAAAGAUUAAAUAGAAAUCUAUAGAGAAUCAAUUCUCAAUCUGAAUAUAAAAUAAAUAAGACAAGAGUUAAUUUAUUUUCUUGGGAAAAUGUUCCUAGUUCCCUGAUUUUUUUCACACAUUAAAAAAAUAGCAGAUAAAGAAGUAAUUAUUCGGUGCUUAUUUUGUUAGAUAAAAAGUUAACACUAAUUUAUAAUUGAUUUUUUUUUUUUCUAUUGUGAACAAUUUUUAUAUGUAUAGAUAAGCUACUUUGAGUGACUGAAAUAUGAUUGUGCCAUUAAGUGUUAAUAAUUUUUUUUGAUGCAAACAUAAUAUGGAUGCAACAGCAUAUAUUAAUACAUUAUGUGACCAAGUAAAAGAAUAUAUUUUCUUUGGUCUGUAUAUUUUAUAUGUGUUGUAAAAUAUUACUAAAAAUAUUUAUAUAAAUUACUACUAUAAAUAUUUUUCUCACGCUCAUUAUUAAAUUUGAAAAUAAUUAAAUUGCUGGCAUUUCUGAAAAAUUAUUGAAUGUGAUUUAUCAGUUAACCUAAAAAGAACACUUAUGUAAAGAAAGGAUUUUUUUAAAAUCUUGAUUUUAUAACAGUAAUGUCAUUUGUAAAUAUAUAUUUUUUUUUCAAUUUAUUUAACUGUUUAUAUGUGCAUGCAUAUAUAUAAUAUAAAUAAUACUUUUAAGAUUUCUUCCCCUUACUUUUGCAUUGGAAUACUCAUUUAAAAUGUCAAAAAUAAAAAAAAUAGGAAUUACUAUAUUAUACUUGCAGAUACUUAUCAACUCUGAUUUAUACUAUACCUGUUUUAGAAAAUAAUAGUUUGAUCUUAAAAACUAAAAAAGCAAUUGAGAAUAUAUUUAUUUGCAAAUAUGAAAAUGUAAACUUAAUGAACUGCAUGAACACAGUAUUCAUGUAAAAAUAUCUGCUUAUUUUAAUGUAAAUAAGGGUUUAUAAAACUUAUAAUUUAAAAGAGGGGAUGUUAUAUUCUAAAGAUCUGAAGUAGUCUAAUCCAAGUUAUAAAAAAAAUGAAUAUGAAAUUAUGUUGAUACAUUUCAUUAAACGUAAAAUUUUAGUAUACUGCUUAUUUCUACUAUGGUUAUUCAAGGACAUUUAAAAUUAUGUUUACUUAUCGAUGAAUUCUUUAGCAUUAACGUAAAUAAUUUUCUGCAAUUGUUUUUUAGAAAAGGCUGGAGAUAAAUCCAGUAUGUUUAUAAGCUCUUGGUUAGUUUUUAUUAUUGUGAUAUUAUUAAAUUGUCUAAAUAAAAAAAAAAAUUGAGUAUAUUAGAUUAUAAAAUUAACCAUUUUAAUAUUAUUUUUAAUACUUUUCUAUUAUUUUAAAUCAUCAUGAAUUUCUUACUAUUUUUAUAUGUUUUUAAAUAAUAAUUAAAUACUUUAGUUCUAAAAUUAUUUUUUCCUAUUUUAAGUACUGAAUUUUAAUCAAAAAUAAUGUGACGCUAUAUGUUUUGCAUCUUUUCUACUGUACAUAAUAUUUUCUUUAAUUAUAAAAAUAUUAUAAAGCCUAAACUUAUAUAAUUUAAUGCUUUAAUUAAAUUUGAAAUGUCUAAAUAAAUUAAUCAUAAUCUGCAAGUCCCCAAAUUUUAUAAGCAUUCUGUAUUUAAUAAUAAUUAUAUUUAUAUAAAAUGUUCUGGUUUUUAUUUAAUUAAAAAUUUUAAGAAAUAUAUUAAGUAAUGUCAAAUAGGCAUAAUUAUACAAUGAGUAAACAAUCACUAUUUAUAGAUUUUAAUUUCAUUAUUGUAAGCAUCUAAAUAUCUGUAUUCCGUUAUGCACCCAUAAUAGAACACCCAUCAUAAAAGAAUAAAUAUAAUUUUAGACUGCAUAUAAUGCAAUAAUUAAAAAAAAAGAAAAGGAUAUUGAUUUGGAAGUGCUUUUAAUGCAUGUCUUUCCCUAAAUAAAACAUUAACAUAUAUAAUGAAUCAGGCUUGAGUUCAGUACAAAAAAAAACAGUAUUUAAAACAUUUAAAUCCUGAGGUGCUAUAAAAUGACAAUCGUGUGGGUUAUUGAUUCUCUGCUCUGUUAUUUGUCGAAAUAGACUAAACAAGAAUAUUAGGUGCUGAUGAUUCUGUAUAUCUCAAUAAAGAAUUAUGAUCAAAAUGUAUCAUUAUUUAUGAGUGUCGGUCAACAAAUACAACAAUUUUUAUGAUUGUUAAUGAUUAAGAUUUUCAUGGACUUUGUAAAAGAAGCUAUUGCAUGCAUAAAAGAAUCUUCAACCUAUUUUUUUUCUCUAAUAUUUUAACUUCAUCUUUUUAUAUAUUACAUAACAAAUGUUACACUUGCUAAUUAAGCUUCAAACCGUAAUGAUUGCUUUUCUUUAUGAUUAAACAUUAAUUUUGUGUGACUAAUAAGAUAAAAAUGAGUAUCAAAAAUUAAAAUUCUUUAUAUCAGCAUAAUAUCAAUUCUUUCUUAAAUUUUUUUAGUUAUGUUUCGACUUAUCAAAAAAAAAAAAAAAAAGUGCAUUAGUAGGAGACAAAAAAUUAUUUUAAAUCUGAAAUAAAGCAUUAUUCAACUAUCUGUUAAAAUACAGGAUUUUCUUUCUCCUGUUUGUGAACUACACAAAAUUUUUGAUUCAGUUAAAAAAAAAUUUAAAUGUUUGAAUUUUAUGUAUGUGCCAAAAAUGUGCCUUUUGAAUUUGCUAUAUUUCCAAUUUUAUUUACUAUCUCUAGUCUUCCUAUUGUAAAAUGUUUUUGUUUGCAUGUUCCUUUUUUUAUUAUUAUUGUACUGUUGAAGUACUUGAAAGUAGCUUGUCAUUACCAAAGUUUGCUUGUGAUUGAA